AAUUGAAAGAGACGAGAGACAGGGAAAAAGGAAACCACACGACGGAGGUCGGAGGAAGAAUAGAACCAGUCACCGCCGAUACUUACUCCUUCCCUUCAAACCCUAAUUCAAUGUUCACUUUCUCUUUCUAAUCUCUCUCUAUCUCCAUUAUUGCUGCCUCGACUUUUUACAUAUACAUACAUAUUGUAUACGUAUAUGUAGCUUUUAAAAUAUAUAUGCAUCUAUAUAUUAAGAUUAUUAUUCAUGUCCUUCAUUCAUUCACAGCUAAUCAUCUGCAAGUUAAUUGACCAUAUUGCUCUUGCUGUUGCUUCCAGUUUACAGAUCUGUACAGCGACAAUUGCCCUGUUUCUAAGGGCAAUAUUGUAAAAUUCUGCCAGAUCUGCUGCGACUUGAAUAUUUCCAAUGGAUGAGCUCGAUGUGUUAGCUCGAGACUUCGGGUUCCGACCAGCAGGAAAAUCGGCACCGAUGAGAUCCGACGCCGGAGAUCGACGUUCCUCCUCCGUCCGAUCAACGACCUCUUCGCCAUUGUUUGAUGAUCCUGAUGGUACGUUAUUUAACGAUGUAUUUGGCGGGCCUCCUAAAUACACAAAUACUAGUGGCAAUAGCAAUAAGUCGGCGUCGAUGAACGAUUUCAAUUACGAUUCAAUUUUCAAGUCGGGGAAUGAAUCGAAGAGCAAUAACAAUAACGAUGACAACAUGAAAACAUCGUCGUUGCCUGUUUACGACAAGCCAGUAUACGACGAGGACAUAUUUGAUGGAUUACCGGGAGUAAAGAGUAAAUCAGUAUCUUCAUCCACGGCGAGAUUUGAAGACGAUGUUUUUGCUACAAUGACUUUGCCGCCUCAGAGGACUGAUAAUAAGAGUCAUUUUGAUGAUCUGUUGGGGAAUUUGGGGAGGAAAGAGAAGGUGGCUGAACCGAAGAGCGGCAAGAGCAGUGGUUCCACAGAGUUCGAUGAUUUACUAGCUGGCUUUGGGAGUGGCAGUCCUGCCACCAGUAGCAGGUCAUUUACAGAGUCAACUCAACCCUCCAAACCUGCUGGAAAUUCAAAUAGAAGCUCUAGUGUGUUUGAUGACCCUUUCGUAGUUUUAGAGUCUACCUCGGUGCCAGCAAAUUCUUCUCCCGGGGAGUUUUCAGAUCCACUGGAAGAGAUUGGUAAGCUUGGUAAAUCUGGAACUGCGAAAACUGAUGCUUCAUCAGUUAGUGGAGGGGUGUUUGAUGAUCUAGAUCCACUUAAUGUUUUUAAUAAUCCGGUUCAUCCACUUUCCCCUGAGAAGAAGACUGGAGGUAAGGACAGGAGCCCAUCAAAGGCUGGACCAGGAAGGAGUGAUGCACAUACCUCUACCUCUAGAGAAAAUAUUGGGACAUCAUCGUUUAGAUCUUCUGAAAGCCACUCACAGAAAAAGGUUCGUGGGGAUCAGGAGUCUCCUCUUUUUGGCAUGCCUUCAGAAGAUCCUCUGAGAUCUUUCAGUGAAGCUGCUCCACCUCCAUAUGCAGAUAAUGAUCUUCAAGAAUCAAACUUCCAAGUAGAUACAUCCCCAAGAUCAGAGGAACAAGUGCAGUCUUCUGAUGAUAUAUGGCUUACUGUAUCAGAGAUUCCUUUUUUUACACAACCUACAAGUGCUCCACCUCCGUCGCGACCACCGCCUCCAAUACCACAGCGCAGUUCAAAAUCAGAGGCAAGUUUCGUCGCUUCAAAUGCAAGAAGGAAGGGUGAUGGGUACUCCUCUUCCCCAAAUCACAACCAGUAUUCUCAGAGUCCUAAGCCUGUCCGUCCUGCAGUUAAAAGCCCUCCAGUCUCACAAUUGGAUGAACUUGAGGAUUUUGCCAGGGGUUGGCCCAGGAGUAACAGUGAUGAAAAUGCUGAUGCUCUUUCUGGAGAAGAGAUGAAUGCGAACUCUGUAGCUGCUGCCUCAGCAGCUGCAAUGAAGGAGGCUAUGGAUAGUGCCGAGGCCAAAUUUAGACAUGCUAAGGAAGUCCGAGAAAGGGAAUAUGCAAAAUCUGCUAAGAGUAAGGAAGCUGUACAUCUAGAAAGGGAUGAACAAGCAAUAAAUGAAGUGCAGGAACGAGAGUUUCAAGAAAACCAGGAGAGACUAGAAAAUGAGAGGCGACAGCGGGAAAAGGAAGAGGAAGAAAGAGCACAAAGGAAGCUUGAGAGAGAAAGGGAGAGAGCGAGGGAGCUUGAAAAAGAAAGGGCUAGGCAAGCGGUAGAAAGGGCUACUAGGGAAGCACGGGAAAGAGCAGCAGUUGGGGCACGUGACAGAGCAGCUGCUGAAGCUCGUUUAAAAGCAGAAAGAGCUGCUGUGGAGAAGGCUGCUGCUGAAGCUCGAGGACGGGCUGAAAGGGCUGCAGUUCAGAGAGCACAAGCAGAAGCUCGCGAAAGAGCUGCAGUAGAAGCUAAAGAAAGAGCUGAAAAGGCAGCUGCAGAAGCAAGGGAAAAAGAAGCGCGUGAAAAAGCUUCUGCUGUGAAAGCUGAGGCUGAGGCACGGCGACGGGCGGAACGAGCAGCAGUAGAAAGGGCAGCUGCAGAAGCUCGAGAAAGGGCAGCUGUAGAGGCUCGAGAAAGGGUAGCUGCUGCUGCAAGAAUGAACCAACAAAGGAAUGAUAAUGAUCUUGAGUCCUUUUUUAGUAUGGGUAGAGCCAGCAGUGCACCAAAGACGAGAGCGAGUACUCCAGACAAUGUAUUUGAUUCGCAAUUCCAGACUAAGGCAGGAUCUGAAGGGCCAAAAUCAACUUCUGGUGUAGCAUCCUCCAACAUGAGGAAAGCAUCUUCCACUACUAGUUUCGUGGAUGAUCUUUCUUCCAUUUUUGGAGCUUCUGCAUCAUCUGGAGAUUUCCAAGAUGUUGAAGGGGAAACUGAAGAAAGAAGAAGAGCCAGACUUGAACGCCACCAACGUACACAAGAGCGUGCGGCUAAAGCUUUGGCUGAAAAGAAUCAGCGUGACCUUCAAGUGCUGAGGGACCAGGAAGAAAGACAUAGAAUUGCUGAAACAUUAGAUUUUGAGAUCAAGCGAUGGGCUGCUGGAAAAGAGGGAAAUCUGCGUGCACUUCUAUCGACUUUGCAAUAUGUGCUUUGGCCUGAAUGUGGUUGGCAGUCUGUGUCCUUGACAGAUUUGAUAACGGGCGCCUCUGUCAAAAAAGUAUAUAGAAAAGCAACCCUAUGUAUUCAUCCUGAUAAGGUGCAGCAGAAAGGUGCCAACCUUCAACAAAAAUAUAUUGCCGAGAAGGUUUUUGACCUACUUAAGGAAGCAUGGAACAAAUUCAAUUCUGAGGAACUAUUCUAGAUGCUGCAUUUGAGUUAGCUGUAGCUCCCUUUUGGACUUUUCAAUUGAAGAGGUGGGUAAAUUUUCCUAAAGCAAGCUCGUCAUUGCGAUGCCUCUGAUAUCUAGCAUUCCCCAGCAUGUGGCGUUCGGUGGACUGCUAAAGAUGGUCUUUUUGGCCAUGACGAUAAAGUAAAUUUUUACUGUGUUGCUGUAAAUUGAUGUCAAUGCCAGAGUCAUGUGGGUAACUGGCACUUGAAGUAACUGGUUGGUGUAGAAUAGCAUUGUUUCCAAUCAUGUUAUGCUUCUAUAUUGCAUUUGGUCACCGUCUCUCUGCAUGUGAUCAUUUGUCCUCAAUAUUCUUUUUUGGUUUCUUUCCAGUUAAGCUUGCAUUUGUUUGUACUGUCAUUGUUGUUAGCUAUAUGCAACAUGGGAGGAGCAUUGUAAUAUUGUUGAGCUGAGUAUCACACAAGAUGUAAAAUCCUAUGUAAUUUCCUA